UUUUUUUUUAUUAUCCCUUUGAGCGACGCAUCUCCAUCCUACUCCUGUCGCACACCCGCACAUCUCAUUUACCACACAAGUCAUGAACCACUUCCAGCUGGAGUCGCAGGUAUCGCUGCCAGGGCCCAGUCAGCCAACGCCCGUGGCUGUCUAUAAGCACCUCGACACAAACAUGCGCUUCGUCUUUAUCGAUAUCCCCGGUCCGCAGGCCACCGCCACUAUCAUUGUCCCCACAGUUGUCAAAGACUCGCGUGGUCUUCCUCACACAUUAGAGCACCUGGUCUUUUGCGGAUCGAAAAAUUACCCUAAUAGAGGCUACCUCGACUCACUAGCCAACAGAUGUCUUUCUACCGGAACUAAUGCAUAUACUACAGAGGACUACACAGGAUACACAAUUGCAACAGCAGGACGCGAUGGGAUGGCCGAGAUUCUACCAGUCUUCUUGGACCAUGUACUCCACCCGACGCUCAGAGACGACCAGUAUGUCACAGAAGUAUACCAUGUCGACGGCGAGGGCAAGCAGCAAGGCGUUGUAUUCUCAGAGAUGGCGGCCAGAGAGAACUCGGAAGCUGAUCUGCUGGAUCUAGGUCUGCGGCGGCUAUUGUAUCCAAAAUCACAAACAUACUACUACGAGUGUGGAGGCUUGACGCCCGAAAUUCCCAAGAUGACCAACGACGAUAUCCGCGAAUACCACAGGAAAUUUUACCACCCCUCGAAUAUGACCAUCGUUGUUGCUGGAGAUAGUCUUCAGCCCGAGCGGAUAUUCGAUACUCUGAUCCAGCAGCACAUCCUCACCGACAACACCGAUGCGAUCAAUCAUGGCACCACUUUUGACAUUAUCAAGGAAAUGGACAUCUCCAAGGGCCGCGAGGAUGCACCAAUCAUGUCGAAGGAUACCAAGCUGACAUCAAGGACGAUCUACUUUCCUUCGGCUGAUGAGGAUGUGGGGUCUAUAGGCUACGGAUGGCUGGGACCAAGCACGUUUGACAUCAAGACGAUGGUUGCCCUUGAUAUUUUGUUCCGCUUCUUGCACGAGACCUCGGCAUCGCUGUUUUCACAGGCAUUUGUUGAACGACGGAACCCAUUAGGAAGCCACGUGGAUUUCGAUGUGAAGGGCUGUAUCGACGCGUCGUUGCUGCUGCUGUUUUCGGGAGUACCUGUCCGCGUAAAGCCGAGUCAGGUGAAACUCAAGAACGGUGUGAACGGAGCCGCCUCUGAAGAUGAAGUCGAAGACGGAAGCGAGCGGGAUGAUCAGGAGGAGGAGGAGGAGGAGGAGGAGGAGGAGGAAGACGACGAAGAAGACGACGAGGACGAAGGAUCGGACGAAGAAGAUGAGGAUCAGAGUGAAGACGGGGAAACGCAGGAAUCAGGAUCGAAGGAUGAGGAUUCUGAGGAUGAAAACCAGGAUCUAUUCGAGGCCGGAUUCUAUCAUGGAAAGGUUUUGGAGGUUCUGAGUGACUUUGUCAACAACGGUCUAUCCGAUAUCACGGAGAUGAGUCGCGUCAUCGCCAGACAUCGGACGAAAAUCAACGAGUCGAUCGAGGACGACCCCCAUGAGGCAGCGACAUCUUACUUGGUCCCCGAUAUACUCGCUUACGCCUACUUGGAGAAGGACAAGACAAAGCCAGCGUCGAUCGGUACUCGAUCUAGUGUCUUCGCCAUCAUCGACGAACUCGAGACGGUGGGACCUCAGUUUUGGAGAGAUUUAGCUCGUACCUGGCUGCUGGAGCCGCCUAUGGUGGAGGUUUUCAUGAUCCCGGAUAGUCGGUUAGGCAAGGCGCUCAAGGCGACUGUUUCGCAGAAACAGCGGGAAAUCAUGAAUUCAUUUGGCAAAGAGGGGUUGGCAAAACAAGGAGUCAUGGUGGCAGAAGCUGUAGAGGCAAACAAGGUCAAUAUGACGCCAGAGAUCAUCGCUACCAUGCCUCCAAUUCCGGACGCAUCCAAGGUUCCAACCAUCCCGAUCACUUCCCACUAUGUUGCUGCAAAAAGUGGUCAAAAGGACGAUUCAAGGCCCUUCAAGUUGGUUCAAGUGGUCGAGACAAACACGUUCUUUACGCAUGUCAAGCUGUGUCUGCCUCUGGUACAUCUGGACGAGGACCUCCGGCCUUAUCUCGUCCUAUUUCAGGAACUUGUCUUUCAGUCUUCGUGCACUAUUCCCAAGUAUGCAGAGGAGGGAUCAGACGAAAUCGUUUUUGAGCACCUGGAUUAUCAGUCGGUCGUGACACUCGUUGCCAAUACAUUUGUGUCGCAUGAGGCUGCGGUUGGGUUCGGGAACGACAUUUUUGCGUGCUCAUGGUUGUCAGAGCUCUUCGUCCUGGCUUGUUCUGCUGAACGAUCGAAAUUCAAGGAGCAGUGCGAGCUUUUACUUAGAGUCUUGAUGUUCACGGAAUUUACGGAGGAUCGCAUCCUGACAGUGGCCAAGAACUUGGUGACACAAAUUACGGAGCUGAAGCGCGAUGGAGGAGAUAUGUUGGCGAUGGUUAGCACUAGGAUGACGACGCCUAUUCGUGGAUUUGAGUUGUCGACAGGAUAUUGCCGAAAGGCGGACACGACGCCAAAGGCUAAGAUUCAACCUUCUCAACUGGAGUCUCCAACGGCAGUUCUCGGCAACGAUAUGGCGAUCUCGGUCUUCCGUCAAGAACCGUUCUUGAAAAGGAUAGUCCAGGAGUUGAAGCAAAAGACGGAUCAAGUGCCGAAGAUCCUUGCGAAGCUUGAGAAAAUCAAACAGGCGAUGCUCGGGUCCAUGUCCGAGGUGAUGUUGAACUCAAAAAGGAAUGGGAACACGUUUGCAGCGGGCUUUGCUCAGGUCGGUGUCCCCAUUGGAUUCGGUACAGGACCCUUUGCAGGAUCUGAGACGAGUGAUCCAGUCAAGAUGUUAUCUGAGGUUUGGGACCAGGCACAUGAACUCUACCAGGCCACUUCCGGACUGACCUUGAACAACACUGCAGCGAUGGUAAACUCUAAGAAGCGGAAACCGUCUGAACCCUUCCAUCAACAGCAGGACCAGCCAAGCGUACGGAUAUUCAAGGACGAAGUAGAGGCGACGAUCAAGGCUUCGCAUUUGACCCUGGAUGACAAAUACUCAAAUCACGACACGGUGAACAGGAUUUCUGGACUUCAGCCCUUUCCAUUUCCCAGAACGCCUUACCGGCCCCUAGCUGCGGGUGAGGGUUCUCCGAACAGCGUCCUUAUCCCGAUGAAGUCCAUCACGUCUUCUUAUCUGGUCUCGAUCGUUCCAUGCGACAUUGUCUAUUACCCAGACUUGGCGACAGAGGAGAACCAUAUAGAUCAAUAUGCAACGCUACUGCUGUGCGAGAUCCUCUCCCGUAGCGAAGGACCUCUUUACUCUGCGAUUCGUGGUCAGGGUUAUGCAUACGGAUGUUCGGUCUCGGUAUAUCUCUGGACGGCCCAGAUGGCAUUCGAAGUCCGUGAGGCGAUGGAUCCUGUGAAGGCGUAUGAUGCGUUUUUGGACAUUAUUCGACAGAUGGACACGGACUGGGAAGGCGUUGUUGGCGACCAGUUUGAAAUCGAGACCGCGAUGGCCUCACAGGCAUACCAGACAUGCAUGGAAAAAGCUACCGCCGGUGGAGCACUCUCGUGGCUCCUACGUGGAGCUGUUCGGGGCCACACCACCAUUGAAGCCUUGACAAAGAAUGGUAGCUACCUAUACAAGGUCGGAGUGCCGGAUCUGAAGCGUGUGUAUAACAAGUACUUCAAGCAGUUCCUCAACGGUCGCCAAGGAUUGACAACUGUCCUGCUAACGCCCCCUUCACCCCCAGAAUCGAUCAAGACUCAUUUCGCACAGUACGGGAUUGACUUUGAGGAGGCAGCGCUGCAGGAUUUUGACAUCGAACCGACGUUUGAUUUUGUGGCCUCGCGCAUUGUUUCUCCCACAGGGACUACCGCCCCUGGAUCACCAUUGUCCUCAUCCUACUCGGCCUCACCCGUCCUUUAGAGCACAUAGAC